AUGUCACUAUCGGAAGAUGGAAUAGACACGUCGCUAUCGGCAGACGGAAUAGACAUGUCACUAUCGGGAGAUGGAAAAGACACGUCACAAUCGGAAGAUGGAAUAGACACGUCACUAUCGGGAGAUGGAAUAGACACGACUCUAUCUGGAGAUGAAAUAGACACGACUAUAAAGGGAGACGGAAUAGACAUGUCACUAUCGGAAGAUGGAAUAGACACGUCGCUAUCGGCAGACGGAAUAGACAUGUCACUAUCGGGAGAUGGAAAAGACACGUCACAAUCGGAAGAUGGAAUAGACACGUCACUAUCGGGAGAUGGAAUAGACACGACUCUGUCUGGAGAUGGAAUAGACACGUCUUUAUCGGGAGAUGGAAAAGACACGUCACAAUCGGAAGAUGGAAAAGACAUGUCACAAUCGGAAGAUGGAAAAGACACGUCUCUCUCGGGAGGUGAAAUAGACACGUCUCUAUCUUGA